AUUUUUACAUUUACUAUUAUCAUUUUAGUUAAGCAAGCGAGCUCACAAGUUUGUAUUUGGAUAAUAGUGUUUUAAAAGCAAUAUAGUUUUAAAUAUUUGGUGAGAUUUACAAGUUUAUCUUUGAAUACGACAAUGUACAGCUUUCAAAAAGCAAUGGGAUUUGAAGGAAUUAUUCUUUACGCUAAACGCAAGAACUUGGCUCUAAACCCCGUUGAUCAAGAAGUUCCUGAGACGCCUCUAGACAGUUUGGAAGCAAUGCAAGGGGACUUCGAACAUCCAUCAACAGAUUUCUAUUCGGAAACCUUCGACUUCACAAAGUCGUCUGCUCUACCGCCAGUUCCGGUAGCCGCGGAUCAAGGUUCUCCUUACCAACCGGACGAGACCUCGGACUACUUUGAUCUCGACGAUAGCGCAGACUGUUCAAGGUUUUCUCCGGAUUCAUACGUAGAUUUAAACCGAACAAACUUUUACCUAGAUCAAUUAUCCCAUGUGCCACAAGCCCGUGGAAAUAUGGAUCAAAAUAGUUUAGACUCUUCUGAAAAUUAUGGACAGUAUUCAGAAACAGCAAAUGUGGAAGAUAUUGCAAUCCAAGAAUGUCGGCAAGAUGUUGAAGAAACAUGCAUGUGCCUUGGAAUUGAUAGAGAUCCAUUUCUUUGGACGCAUGAUCAAGUUAAACAAUGGAUUGUUUGGCAGUGCGCAAAAUACAAUAUCCCGGAACCGAAUUUGGACUAUUUCUACGUAUCCGGUGCUGAACUCUGCUCAAUGACUGAGGAAAGGUUCAAACUUUAUGCUCCCAUUGCCGGACCGACGCUUAUUGCACGCUUGGAAGUGUGGAAACUCGUAUAUAUGCAGACGACACACAGUCAGACGUUACCACUCAUUCAAAACAUACCAGUUCCAGUGUCCCCGGACCGAACAAGUAGCUCCGGAAGUUUGAGUCCCUCACCCAGUUCCUUCAGCGAAUGCGAAAGUCUCCCAGAAACACCAAAAAAUAAAGAAAACACCUGUACAUUCGACGAUCCUGACCGAUUACCAGAAGAAUCCGUUCAACAUCAUCGGCAGACGAUACAGCUGCACCAAUUUCUAAGAAAUCUUCUGCUCGAUGGGCAUUACACUGAUUGCAUCCGGUGGGUAAAUCGAUCGGAAGGAGUGUUCAAGAUCGAAAACUCCGCAAGAGUUGCAAAACUUUGGGGCAAGCGAAAAAACCGCCCAGCAAUGAACUAUGAUAAGCUUAGCCGAUCGAUCCGGCAAUAUUACAAGAAGAACAUUAUCAAGAAAACAGAGAAUUCCAAAAGACUUGUGUAUCGAUUCUGUAAGAUUGAGGUAUAGAAAUGAACUUCCGGAACAAAUACGUGUGUAGACAGACACGGUGUAUAUUUGUAUGUUCUUAAACAUAUAGUGAGUUUGAAGCCCGAACUAAAAAUAGACUUCAGACCAGAGCAUAAUAUUGCUCAAAAUGGAGACAAAGGGCAUUUGGGCGGUGAGCGAGGCGAAAUGAAUUGACAGUUGAUCUGAUCUAAUUCAUUUUUAAUAUAUCAUUUUUACUUCUAUUUAUUUACGGGGUACUGUUAUACCCAUGUGCUGCAAUGCGUUUAUUUCUUAACAACGAUGGCCCUAACGAGACACCGUAUUUUAUUUGUACUGAAACUAAUGUGAAUUGCAGCCGUAAAUAUGCUAAAUGGUCUUCCGUAGUUUCUAAAAAUUAGACUUUAGCUAUGUGUUCAUUUUUGUAAAAGAUGUUUUAUCAUUAUUAUUUUAAAAUAUAAAUUUUGCAGAAUUUAAGUGACGCAAAAGAAAUCCAAAAAAAGAGGUGAUAUAUUGAGGUUUAGCCAAAUAUGAAGUUUUUGCUUUAAAUAAAAAUUCUAAACCACCGAAAAUAACAUUUUUAAAUCAAACAGUUUCAAAUCUUGCCAUUUUUGAAAUAUUCAUACUCAUUCCAUAAGGGUAUAAAUUAUCAGAUUUAUAAUAUACUUUCUACUUUUAAUGUUUUUUUUUUCUGCUUCUGUUUUUUCCUAAAAAAUCAUUUAACUGUUUGUAAUAUUAUGUUACUUAGUCAUUAAUCAUUCAUUACUAUUUUGAGACUAUUAGAGAUUAUAAGUCGAAAAAACUGUAAUCAACAUAUUCAUUACACAAUAUACCCUUCAAGGGAGAUCACCUCCAUCUGUAGGUGACGUCAUAUCUCAGCACGUGAAUGGCGUCAGAGAAAAAGAUGCUUCCGGUUAUAUGCAUAAUAAUUAUUGUAUUGUUUGUGUUUUUAACAUAUUUUUUCACAUGUUUAAACAUGUGUAUACAUAUUGAAUUUUAGCCAAAUGUUAUCAUAUCAGAAAAGAAUAUGUGCUUACACUUUUCACUCAUCUCUAUACGUAUUUCAAAUGCUUUGAAACGUCACUUCCGGUCUACUGCUCUAAGGAAGGUAAAAGUGUUCACUGUUCACACGAAAGUGUUAUGUAAGAAUCUGUUUCUAUAUCUUGGAGGAAAUUAUACUUAUAUUGAGAGAUCUAAUAACUUGAUAAUUUUUUUUAAAUUUUUCUUUCAACCAAAAGAUAUCAUUUUACAAGAAAUUAAUUGUACGGGGUGUUUAGAAUACUAUUUAUGAAAACGGUAACAAAACGGCGGAAAAUACUGAUUUUUAUGUAAGAAAAAAAAAACCCGGACAAACAAUGACCCUCAAAGUUCAAAGUGGCAGGGAUAUCUGGUUAAACCCCUCCCCCACCUUAUGUGUCAGUAGGCCUUUGGUUUCGUUUGUAUAUUCAUAUUACCAAAGAUAUUUUUGUAGAAAAGCGCUUUCCUGUUAGUGUAAAUGUUCACCUAUCCGAAGAUAGUGCAAGUAUUUUAUCAUAUCCGUUUCACGAAUUGUUUAUUAUAUUUAUAUUAUGUAUUAUUUUUUAUGCUACUAACUGCCAAAAAACGUACCUUUAAUGUAUGUUUUAAUAUAUUGUGCCUUUGCUGUUAAACAUGUACACAGAUGAACUAUUUUCUCAGAAAACAAUAAAAAUGAACAAUAAAAAUAUA